AUAGCAUAUCCUAUUCCUCAUAAAGGAAGCUUAUUCCGAAUGGUCACAAAAGCUUAGAAACAGAAGAAGAAGAUCUCAAACAUUUAGCAGUAAUAGCCAAGGUUUGUGAACAGAAUGGUUUAGUACUUCGAAAAGAAAAAAACAAAAAUGUUCCAAACAGAAAUUGAAUUUCUAGGAUCUACUCUUGGAAAAGGGAAAAUCCUGAUUCAAGAACAUAUCUUUGAAAAGAUAUCAAAAUUCAAGAAUGAAUUCUCUGAAGUAAAAGAUGUAAGAUCUUUUCUUGGACUACUUAAUGUGGUUAGAGAUUACAUUCCAAACUUAAGUGAUUUAGUUAGACCACUAACUAAAAAACUUAAAAAGGAUGCUUUUGAUUGGACACCUGACGAUACAAUCAGAGUAAAGAAAAUCAAAGCAUUAACAAAGAAUUUACCUCCAUUAGUUAUUCCAGAUAAAGAAGUUCAAUGGAAGGUGUAUUCAGAUGCUUCAGAUGAACGAUGGGGAGGAGUACUUGCAUUUUCAGAAAAUGAGGGAAAAGAACAAGUUACUAAAUUUGCCUCAGGAACCUUCACUGGUGCUCAGUUAAAUUAUUCCACUAAUGAAAAAGAAUUUCUUGCUGAAAAAAGAAUUUCUUGGCAGAUUGGCUAUCCAGGAAUGGAUAGAAUACUCAGAAGGCUAAUGGAUGCUGAAAAAAGGGUUAAGGAAUUAACUCUCCAAAACAAUCAUCUCCAAGAUGAAAAUACAGAAUUGCACCAACAGGUAGAAUUUCUAAACGAAAUACUCCUUGCAAAUGACUCUCAGAGUCCUGGUGAUGUUGCAUCACAACCGGCCAUAAUGGUCAAAAGUACUAGUGAAAGUCAUGAGGAUGACAAAUCACGGUCUUCAGAUUCAAGUCCUGAAGAUGGUACCCAAACAAGUAUCUUUCAUGAUACCCUUACUACUGGUCCAGUAGAAAAACAAGAUUGGUCUCGCACUGAUCUAAUCUCUUUUGAUAAGUCAAUUGACGAACUCAUUAGAGAAGCACAGUAUGCAUCCACACAGGAGCUUCAUUCACAACCAGAAGAGAUUUCCAGAUCAUAUGGACCCUACUCACCGAAAGACAGACAGGUAAAUAUUCUUCAAUCCUCUUUAGGACAAAAAUGGGCAGAUAUUGUCGAAAAAGAAGAAGCAGAGGCAUUAGAUGCCAAAGCAAAAGAAGCUGCUUUAAAAAAGCCACGAAAGCAGAAAAAAUUAAAAGUAAAGAAGAAAAGGCAAUAAUUGCAGCAUCUUUACCUCAAAAGACCAGCCCAAUAAUAAAAGACCAGGCUGAUA